GCGCUGCUUGCUAUAUACAGUGAAGUAAGGUCCAUGUGCAGUGAAAGUAUUGUCAGGCUUUUCUAUUAUGUUCUCUCUUCCCCUCUCUUCCCUUUGCUUUCCUUUACCCUCUUCUUCCUUUUCCAUCUCUCUCUCACACCCAUAUCUGCAUUCUUCCCCCUUCAAUCUAUACUCCCCUGUCCUUUUUAUCCUUGGCUCAAAUGAAUCUCAACAAGUUAUCUCACUGAAACUUUUCAAUACCUAUCUCAAACUCUCUAGUCAACCGUGUCGACGAUGAACCACCGGAGCUCAGGCAAAGCGCGUAUCCCAAGCGCCUACGCUGGGGGCUACCAGGAGCAUAUCAAGAAUCGGCUCGAGAGUGUCGACCUGCCCGAAAAGAAAAUCCGCAUGCAGUCAGCCUAUUCGAAGAGACAGUUGGAUAUUAUACGUAGUGUCAUCGUUUAUCAAGGUGUUCAAGCCCUUGGCGCUGGCCACGCAAAGUGUCGAGCUUGCGUAGGUGGGCAAACGGUUGAGCUGAGGUGCUCUAUCUGUGAGCAGGUCAAGAGUUUGGACGAGUUCGCGAAGAGCCAGAGACAGGAGCACGAGUUCGCAAGAUGUUUUCAAUGUGUACAGCAGUACGUAGAGACUGAGCCUGUUAUCGACGAGCAGAAACUGCUUAUCGAGAAUGACUUUUCUACGGUCCAGGAUACCAUGAGUCAAGUUGAUGAUGCAUCCUUGGGCGGACCAAGUCGUCAAAUCCCCAUGAGUUCUGGCGAUGACGAUGAGGAUGUCUCGGUCGCGGGAGGUGUCUGGAUUGAGCCAGAGCGUCUCUCCCACUCUAGCGAUAAGGGCAACGGGGCUGACUUGUUUGGAUACGACUUCCGUCGCGGCACAAAUGAAAAUUUGUCUGUCCACAGUGGCUGGUCAUCGUGGGCAAUAAAGGAAGCUUCAGCAGUAACACCCGCUACUUUGUCAAAGAAGAAAGAUUCGGCAUUUGCGAAGGUGCCCGGUUAUCGGGAGGAGAGAGUCGGCGGAGUCCCACGGCAUUUACAACUUGAAGCUGCCGGUCGAGCGCCUCCCGUAGACGACGAAGAGGAGGAGGAAGCUGGUGUUGAAGAUUUCUUGUGAACCAUGGAAUGACUUGGGAGGAUCUUGGUUCCUCAUGCCCGCAAUCCCAAGAUGUACCUAUAUCAACAAAUACACAUAC